CGCGUCAUUACAGCUCACGUAGGAACACAAAUUAACAACGAUCACAUGACUGCGUCGACAGCCCGACCCGCAGCGCGUUGAUGCCGACUUUGCGAGUUGAAGUGAAGCUGAAGCGUUUGAGCGGCACAAUGAAGGCAGGAAAGAGUUAAAAUCUUCCUGCUUGCUUGAGUAGGAGGUGCACAGAGGACGGCGGGGAAGGAGGGGAGGACAGGGGGUGCCCGUCUUUCUAUUGAUAGUCCUGUCCGUACAUCCACUGCUGCAGUCAGGACCAUGCAGGACGACCUGUAGAGGCUCCUCGCUCAGGAGGACCACACUCGGGCUUCUGACCGGACGUGAUGAAGAGCGGACGACUUGACUCCUGUUCUGUGAUUGGCUGAGGAGCACAAGAUGGCCCACCUCUUCCUGGCCAGUAAGAUGGUCCCGCCCGAAGACGCCCCCCGCCUCUCCUCCGGCGCCGCCAAGAUCCCCACGUCGUUCUCUUACGAGAAGCUAGGCUGCGACAAAUCCAGAAAGGAUCAUGCUGUCGGCACGACAACGCACGUCCCGCACGUCAACGAGGCCCAGCUGAGCGCCGCCACAGGGGGCGCUGAGAUGUCCUGCUACCGCUGCACGGUGCCGUUCGGCGUGGUGGUGCUCAUCGCCGGCAUGGUGGCGACGGUGGUGGCCUACACCUUCAACUCGCACGGCUCCACCAUCUCCGUGCUGGGACUGGUGCUGCUGUCGGCCGGACUGAGCCUGCUGGCAUCCAGCGCCAUCUGCUGGAGGGUCCGACUCAGCAGGAAGAGGGACAGGAGGAGGGAGAGCCGGGCCGCCCUUGUGGUCAGUCAGGUGUACUGUGAGACAUGAUGGACGCUCAACGGGAAAGAUGCCAUACCCGUCACACCUCCCAUUUUCACCAGGAAACUCCCAUUUUUGCCCUUAUUUCCCGGUGCCCACAUGUUUUUAUAGUUUCCCCUACUCGAAAUUUCAUGAAAUCUCCAGUUUCCUGCAACAUCGGCAUAACACAUCCUGUAGCCGGUUAAAUCAGGCCUUCAAAAAAAAAAAAAAAAAAAAAAAAAAAAAAAGCAUGCCAGUAAAAUAACACGGUUGCGCCACAGUAGGCAGUCCAGUUUUUACACCAGCUCCCUCCCCCAAACCAACUGCAAUUUGUUUUUUAUUGCAGAGUUAACAGGUGGAGUUUAUUAUUUUCCCUCAUUCUCCAUUAUUUUUCCAAAAAAUGUCCUUGGUUUUCCCUUAUUUGUCCUUAUUUUUCUUGAAAAUGUCCCUCAUCUUCCCUGAAAAUUCCCCUUACUUUCCCCUCAUUUAACCUUAUUUUUAUAGAAAAUUUCCCUGAUUUUCCCAAAUUUCUCCUUAUUUUUUUUGAAAAACUCCCCUUUAAUUUCCUUCAUUUAUCCUUAUUUUUCUCAAAAUUUUCCCCCAUUUUCCUUAAUUUUUUUAACCCUAUUUUUCCACAUUUCCCCUUAUUUUUCUGGAAAAUGUCCCUUAUCUUCACAGAAAAUUCCUCUUAUUUUCCCCUCAUUUAAACUUAUUUUUAUAGAAAAUUUCCCUGAUUUUCCCGAAUUUCUCCUUAUUUUUUUUUGGAAAAACUCCCCUUUAGUUUCCUUCAUUUAUCCUUAUUUUUCUCAAAAUUUUCCCCCAUUUUCCUUAAUUUUUUUAACCCUAUUUUUCCACAUUUCCCCUUAUUUUUCUGGAAAAUGUCCCUUAUCUUCACAGAAAAUUCCUCUUAUUUUCCCCUCAUUUAAACUUAUUUUUAAAUUUCCCACAUUUUCCCCAAAAAGUCCACUUAUAUCCCAAAUUUUUCUGGAAAAAGUUCCUUAUCCUGCCCCAAAAAUUCUCCUUAUUUCCCCCUCAUUUACACUUAUUUUUCAAAGAAAGUCCCUCAUUUCCUUAUUUUCCCUUAUUUUUCUGAAAAAUUCCCCUUAUUUCCCUCAUUUUCCUAUUUUCCCUUAUUUUUCUUAAAAAUUCCCCUUACGUCCCUCAUUUACCCUUAUUUUUCCAGAAAAUUUCCCCGAUUUUCUCUGAAAACGUCCAUUAUUUUUUCCUCAUUUUCCCCCAAUUUCCCUUACUUUUCUGAGAAAAUGCCCUUAUUUUCUAAUGCAAAUGUUUGACAGGUCUGGACAAUACAGCUGAAGGCCUUGGACCAACUGUAAAUAGCCUAUCUAGCGUCUAUAUGCUAGCGGUUGACGACAACUCAGUAAGGAGUGUGUGACAUAAAUGUUAAUGCUAAAUGUUUUACUGCUGCUAACGAACAAUAAGAGUAGAGCUUAACGGUACUUUCAACUGUUGAUGAAAUGACAAAACCUCUUAAGAGAUGCAAAGCUAGUCACAUUUAUCCUGUUUAUCAUCUUUAGCCUUAACGCGUCAGCCUUCUUUUUAAUCCAUACACGCACAAAUGCCUCCCCUAAAAAAACAACCUUAAUUGAGAAAUGUGAAAUGAAUGCACUGCUAUGUCUUUCUACCACCGUAUUUAUUCAUGUUUUGUACCAAUAAAGUCACAA